UUAGUUUUUUCUAUUUAGCUGCAAAGUCUAUUUCAGUUUUGCUUUGGCCACGAAGAAUAAAGGUGUAAAAUUCUAGACAACUUCAAUUUUAAAAUUUUCAUAAAAAUGAAAGCGGGAUCAAUUUUUGUGUUGGUUUUGACCCUUAACUUUUGCCAAGCUCGUCUCGAACGAACCAAGUUGGUGAGUGGAAGUGUCUACGCGUUGGAAAGCCAGCAUGAUGGGGCGUUUCUGACCGCUUUUGGAAACGGGAAAGUCGGUGGGAAACAUGCAAACAAUGGGAUCGAACAAGGUCAAAGGUGGACAUUCACUCAGAAUGGUGACGCUUCUUGGACAUUGGCCCCAAUAAUUGCGGACAUCAAUCUUGUUAGCGAGCAAACCUGGAAGAUUUUCCCAGUCAGUCAUGGAAAGUCUUUAUUGCAAAGUUUGUCUUCCAACAAGUGUCUCGUUAAUACAAGGAGUGAAGCCACCUUGAUUGACGGGUCGUGUGACAAAGAUGACCCCCGCCAGAGGUGGAAUAUUCAACAGUCCGCAGCUUAAUUUUUGUUUUAACAAAAAAUGUACAAUUUCCGAAAUAAAAUAAAUUGAAGAAAACAGAAUCAACCUAA